AUGAAAGGCCCAGAAGUUAACUCAAUCAGUCCUGUAGUUCUCAGCACCCUCAACGGGAAGGAAAAAGAGGGUGGUGAAAAAAUGAGGGCGCGGAAGUGUGGCGAACAGACGAAGCUCUUCUUCCGACAGAGCAAGGGCUUGGCUCCGUCCCCAGCCUCGCUGGCGGCGGCAGUGGCGGUGGUGGCCCCGCCGGGGGUCGGGGGUGUCCCCGGCGGGGCGGCGGCGGGAGUGAAGCUGAAGUACUGCCGCUACUACGCGAAGGAUAAGACUUGCUUCUACGGGGAGGAGUGUCAGUUCCUGCAUGAGGACCCGGCCGCCGGGGCUGCCCCGGGCCUCGGCCUCCAUAGCAACAGCGUCCCCCUGGCUCUGGCGGGCGCGCCCGUGGCCGGCUUUCCGCCCGGAGCGGUCCCGGGAGGGGGAGCCGGGCCGCCGCCAGGGCCCAAGAAGCCGGACCUGGGGGGCCCGGGGGCCGGAGCCGCGGCCGGCGGAGGAGGUGGCAGCGGCGUCCUCGAUGGACCGCGGUUGGCAAUUCCUGGAAUAGAUGGAGGUGCUUUGACUGAUACGAGUCUCACAGAUUCCUAUUUCAGCACCAGCUUCAUUGGCGUUAAUGGCUUUGGAAGUCCUGUAGAAACGAAGUAUCCCUUGAUGCAGAGAAUGACUAAUAGUAGCAGUUCCCCAAGCCUUCUAAAUGACAGUGCCAAGCCAUAUGGAGGCCACGAUCCUCUAACUUCACCUGCUUCAUCCUUGUUUAAUGACUUUGGUGCCCUCAACAUCUCUCAGAGAAGAAAGCCAAGGAAGUAUCGCCUGGGGAUGCUGGAGGAGAGGCUAGUUCCGAUGGGAUCAAAGGCACGAAAAGCAAAGAACCCUAUCGGCUGCCUUGCUGACAGGUGUAAAUCAGGAGUACCCAUCAAUAUGGUUUGGUGGAACAGAGUCACAGAAAACAAUUUACAGACACCAAAUCCUACUGCAAGCGAGUUUAUUCCUAAAGGAGGAUCAACCUCCAGGCUGAGUAACGUGUCCCAGUCAAAUAUGUCUGCCUUCUCUCAAGUGUUCUCUCACCCAUCCCUGGGAAGUCCUGCUGCUGCUGGAUUAGCACCAGGAAUGUCACUGUCUGCUGGGUCUUCUCCUCUUCAUUCCCCCAAGAUCACUCCACAUACUUCUCCUGCUCCCAGAAGAAGAAGUCACACUCCAAAUCCAGCAAAUUACAUGGUGCCUUCUAGUGCCUCUACGUCAGUCAGUAAUCCCGUUUCUCAGACUCCAUCUUCUGGGCAGGUGAUCCAAAAGGAAACCGUCGGGGGGACGACUUACUUUUAUACAGACACAACCCCAGCAGCUUUGACUGGAAUGGUGUUUCCAAACUAUCAUAUUUACCCUCCAACUGCACCUCAUGUUGCUUACAUGCAACCAAAAGCGAAUGCACCUUCCUUCUUCAUGGCUGACGAACUCCGCCAGGAGCUGAUUAACAGACAUUUAAUAACAAUGGCUCAAAUUGAUCAAGCAGAUAUGCCAGCAGUCCCUACAGAAGUUGACAGCUACCAUAGCCUCUUCCCUCUAGAACCACUGCCACCACCCAACCGGAUACAGAAAUCAAGUAAUUUUGGAUACAUUACGUCUUGCUACAAAGCUGUAAACAGCAAAGAUGAUCUGCCAUAUUGCCUUCGGAGGAUUCAUGGUUUUCGUCUUGUUAACACAAAGUGCAUGGUAUUGGUUGAUAUGUGGAAAAAAAUUCAGCAUUCAAAUAUUGUAACCCUGCGUGAAGUAUUCACCACUAAAGCGUUUGCAGAGCCUUCCCUUGUGUUUGCGUAUGAUUUCCACGCCGGAGGAGAAACGAUGAUGAGCAGACACUUCAAUGACCCUAAUGCCGAUGCCUAUUUCACAAAGAGAAAGUGGGGUCAACAUGAUGGACCUCUGCCCAGACAGCAUGCUGGGUUGUUGCCAGAAUCUCUCAUUUGGGCAUAUAUUGUCCAGCUGAGUUCUGCGCUGCGUACCAUUCAUACAGCAGGUUUGGCCUGUCGAGUUAUGGACCCAACAAAGAUUCUGAUAACUGGCAAAACGAGGUUGCGAGUAAAUUGUGUUGGAGUUUUUGAUGUUUUAACGUUUGAUAACAGUCAGAAUAAUAAUCCAUUGGCAUUAAUGGCUCAAUACCAGCAAGCAGAUCUGAUAUCAUUAGGAAAAGUUGUGUUGGCUUUGGCUUGCAACUCUUUGGCAGGAAUUCAGCGAGAGAAUUUACAGAAAGCCAUGGAACUGGUGACAAUCAACUACUCCUCUGACCUGAAGAAUCUCAUUUUAUACUUGUUAACUGACCAGAACAGGAUGCGGAGUGUCAAUGACAUCAUGCCCAUGAUUGGUGCUCGAUUUUAUACUCAAUUGGAUGCUGCUCAAAUGAGAAAUGAUGUCAUAGAGGAAGACCUUGCAAAGGAGGUUCAAAAUGGAAGACUGUUUAGGCUUCUAGCAAAAUUGGGAACAAUCAAUGAGAGGCCGGAGUUUCAGAAGGAUCCUACCUGGUCAGAGACUGGAGACCGUUAUCUGUUGAAACUCUUUAGGGAUCAUCUUUUUCAUCAGGUGACAGAAGCGGGUGCUCCCUGGAUUGACCUCAGUCAUAUCAUUUCUUGUCUUAACAAGUUAGAUGCUGGUGUGCCAGAAAAAAUAAGCCUCAUUUCCAGAGAUGAGAAGAGUGUGCUUGUGGUGACUUACAGUGACUUAAAGCGAUGCUUUGAAAAUACUUUUCAAGAGCUGAUUGCAGCUGCGAAUGGUCAGUUGUAGUAUUUGCUGAAAAAACAGGCGGGAUCUGGCCGAGGAGCUGAACCAAUAGCAAAUUGCACUACAGCUGAACUGUUCUGUCAUCUCAUUUCGCGUUUGGGAAACAAACAGCAGAUGAGCGGAGCUGCUUGCACGUCAGUCAGGUGCACUGUUACUUGAAAGGAAGAAUGUCUCACUUUUCCUCGAGCUGUGGCUGCCGGUGGGGCCACACCUGUGAAGAAUUUUAUUUUAGAUUAAGGAGCACCAUUAGGUGAAUGAUGUUCCAGCUUUUCUUUUUCCCACUUGUAUAUGCACUAAUUUUAAUUUUUUAAAGACUUUUUUCUGAUCUUUGAACUUUUGCCACAUUGUAUACUUAUUAAGGGAAAUUAUUUGCAAGGACAUCUUGGGGAAACAAUGCUGGGGAGCAUUUUUGUCACUGAGGGUUGCGGAAUUUGCUCCUUUGGGGAUGGGUUGCCCUGAAUAACAUAAUGGACCAGGUAAUGAUUUCAUGGAAGUACAGUAUAGUGCAUAAUUCUUGUAAGAGUAUUGUAUGCAAGCUCUGUAUGCCACCCACUGUUAGUUCAAAUUGAGAUUAUUUGUGUUUUUUGUUUUGUUUUUAAGAACACACAAAGAGAAAUAUCAGUGAGUUGUUGGAUAUAAAUUCCCCUGUUAGUUGAUUGAAAUCCUUUCCAAAUGAGGAUUGGAUAAACAGUAACUGAAGGAGCACACAGAGCUCUUUGCUCCAAAUUUAGCCGGAGCCUUUUUUUAAAAAAGGUGUUUCCCUGCUAAUCAGAUACAUUUACAUUUAUGCCAUUUUUUUAAAUAGAAAAAAAAAUUAAGAAAUUGUGUUAAAGGCCUGAAGUUCAGGAGUAUAUUGCUUUAGGUUACUUCCAGUUUGCUUUUUUGUGUAAAGUUCUGUUCUUUGAACCACAGCUUUAUUAUGGUACUUGACACUGGAUACAGACACAGACGCUGUUCAGAAGGUGAACUGAACACGGCAGUGGUCUGGCAUCAAGAGCUUUCUGCAGUUUUACAGCCUGAAUCUGGAGGAAUAACAAUCUGCUGUGCCUUUGCAGUCACUGCUUCGCCCAAAGUAAUAGUACUUUUGAUAAUAACUUAACUAUGUGGGGUAUUCCUGAGUAAGUCAAUCUCAAAAGUUUGGAAUUCUCCUCCUCUUAACUUUCGUAAUAUUUGGACGUGCAGUUGUCGCCAAACUGGGUAUUCAUGGAAUUUCUAGCUAAUGAAAUACCUGUACUUUGAUACUGAAGACUGCCAAAUACAUAGGAAUUUUCUUUCAUAAAAAACAGUAAUGAAGACUGCGUCUCCUUUCCCAGCACUGAAUGUUUUACCUGCACUGGGUGCUCACCCUGCAACCAUGAAGAAAAUGUGGAAACUCAAAAAAGGUCAGGAAAGACUUCCAAGCACUUGCAACUGAUGUUACAGUCUUCAAUUUUAAUAAUUAUACAUAUUUGUAGUUUUCAGAGAAGUUUUUAAUAUUUCUCUGUACACUUUUUAUAAGCUUUAAAAUGAUUUUCUCUGCCUUGAGAUUUGCAUCAAGAAAAAGCACCUCUGUUCACCUGAAAGCUUUGAAGACUAGAGACAUGCUUUCCAUGUUUUACCAAGUGUGUUUGAGUCCACGUUCGGUAGCAUCAGUUGUUGAGUUAAAAAGAAAAUCAAUUACUGCAUUUGAUCAGGAUGGAUUUUAAAAGAACAUAAUGCUCAAUAUUCAAAGGAUAAUUAACAUUUGCCACCAUAAUGUUCUUUUUUAUGUAAAAGGACAAGAACUUAGAGACAUUAACAUGCAAAAGUCUUUUAUCAUUAUUAGCUCAUGUAUUUGAGAAAGAGCAGCUGUCUUUUUAUAUGUUUUUUGACAAAUCAUAUUGUAAUUUUUUUGUACAAAAAAGAACUACUUGUAUUCUAGAAGAAAUAUGAAAUGCUUAAUUUAUAAGCGGGCUGGAGAUUUUUUCCAAUAUUAUUUUCUUUGAAAAUGAAAGGGGAUCAUCUAUUUUAGUUUUGGGGUCUGGGAACUUUUUGAAAAUUUCAUUUGUGGACCAAUGUUUUAUGGAAGCUAAGGAAGGGCAGGGGUAAAAUAGGGCUUGAUUUUCUCACUCUGUGUAGACCAGCAAACCUCCCUCUGCAAGGCAGGCUCAAAUUACAAACCCAAGAGUGUUUGCAUCAUAAAUGCUAGUUUGCUUCAGCCCCUGGUAACCUCAGGACUUGGUUUGAAUAUAAAAGGUAGACAGCUGAUGUGUCUUCAUGAGUAAAUAUUGUCAGCCAGAAAAGAGUUGGUGUCAGGUGAUACAUUUUUUUUUUAAGCCUUGUUUUAUAUUUAUUUUUCAUCUAGUUUUUAUUGGGAAUGGUUUUCAAUAGAACUCUUAGUUCUGCUUAGGUGUUUUUUUGGGGGAGCCCUCUUAUCCAUAGUGUAAUUCAACUUAAGAGGUUGUCUAAAAAUUAGUCUUUUUAAUCCAUAGGAAGAUUUUAAUAUCCGAGAGCACUCAAAUUAAGGAUGUAAACUUCCCACGUCUUCCUGUUACGAAAGAUAAAAGCACAGAAAGGACAACCCUUGAGAUCAUGCAACGUGGUCAUUUCCAUCUUUGUGCCUAUUUUAAACUCUGUUCGUGUAUUUACUUCAUUGUAAAUAUUUUCGAGGGUACCUUUGUAUUUUGCUUUUGACCUUGGUUCUGUGGUUUGGGUGUCAGCAACUUCCCUAAAAAGCACCAGUAUGUUAAGUUCUAAUGUCAUGAUCCCAGUAUGGGUUAUUCAUCUUUCAUCCGGUUUUCAGUCUCUAUGUGUACAGCAGUAUUUUUAAUAAAGAAUUACAGAGAGAAGA